AUGGCUGUGCCUCCUGGCUGGAACCAGCUGCCCUCUGGGGUGCUGCAGUCACCAGCCGCCCAAGGAGGCCCUGCCUGGAGAAAGCCCCCACCACAAGCCCAAAUGCUUCAACGGCCACCAUCCCUUGCUGCAGUUCAAACUCCCAGCCAUCCCCCACCCCCUUACCCAUUUGGCAGCCAGCAAGCUGGGCAGGUAUUCAAUGCCAUGGGACAGGGACACUUACAGCAACAACAACAGCCAGGAGUGGGUCAGUUUGCCACCCCCCAGCCUAAAGGCCCACAGACUGGCCCUGGAGGUGUCGUAGGACAGCCCAGACCUCCUCCACCCCUUCCACCUACAUCUGGACCGCAGGGCAACCUCACUGCCAAGUCCCCUGGGUCCUCCUCGUCUCCUUUUCAGCAGGGUUCACCUGGGACUCCUCCUAUGAUGGCUCAGAGACCUACAACUCCACAGGGUUUCCCUCAGGGCGUUGGAUCGCCAGGAAGAGCAGCCCUCGGCCAACAGGGUAACAUGCAACAAGGAUUCAUGGGAAUGCCCCAGCACGGACAGCCUGGGGCUCAAGUUCACCCAGGCAUGCCGAAGCGUCCCAUGGGCUUUCCAAACCCCAACUUUGUCCAAGGUCAGGUGAGUGCCAACACUCCAGGAACCCCUGGUGGAGGAGCCGGUCAGCAGCUUCAGAGCAGCCAAGCCAUGACUCACUCGGGAGCUCCGCCAGCCUCCACACCAAACUCAAUGCAGGGUCCACCCCAUUCCCAGCCAAAUGUUAUGGGUAUACAAAGUGGCAUGGCGGGUCUUCCCCCUGGUACAACCGCUGGGCCUAGUAUGGGCCAGCAACAGCAAGGCCUCCAGACCCAGAUUAUGGGCCUCCAGCAUCAGGCCCAGCCCGUGUCUUCGUCCCCCAGCCAGAAGGUUCAAGGCCAGGGUGGUGGUCAGACUGUCCUCUCAAGGCCCCUCAGUCAAGGGCAGAGAGGAGGGAUGACCCCACCCAAGCAAAUGAUGCUUCAGCAAGGCCAGGGGGUGAUGCAUGGGCAGGGUCAGAUGGUUGGAGGCCAAGCGCACCAGGCCAUGCUCCUGCAGCAGCAGCAACAGCAACAACAGCAACAAAACUCCAUGAUGGAACAAAUGGUUGCCAACCAGAUGCAAGGUAACAAGCAGGCAUUUGGAGGCAAGAUUCCAGCUGGGGUCAUGCCCGGCCAGAUGAUGCGUGGCCCUGCUCCAAACGUUCAAGGUAACAUGGCUCAGUUUCAGGGCCAGCAGCAGCAGCAGCAACAACAGGCAGCUCAACAACACCAGCAUCCUUUAGGGGAUCCUAACAGUGGCACAGGGGACUUGGGGGUCCAGCAGAUGGUCCCUGAUAUACAGGCACAGCAGCAGCAAGGCAUGAUGGCUGGCGCACAGCACAUGCAGAUGGGAAAUGGCCACUUUGCAGGUCAUGGCAUGAACUUUAACUCACAGUUCCCAAGUCAGAUGCCAAUGGGCGGACCCUGUGCACAGCAAGGAGCCUUUCCUGUCAACAAGGACGUAACACUGACUAGUCCACUGCUGGUCAACCUGCUGCAGAGUGACAUCUCAGCCAGCCAGUUUGGGCCAGGAGGAAAACAGGGAGCAGGGGGUGGCCAAACCCAAACCCAGGCCAAGCCCAAAAAGAAGAAACCAGCACGAAAGAAAAAGCCCAAAGAGGGAGAAGGACAGCAGCAACAACAACAGCAGAUGUUGAUGAUGCUGAAGAUGCAGCAGGAGCAGGCAAAGAAUCGUAUGUCCAUCCCUCCAGGGGGGCAGCUCCCGCCGAGGGGCAUGGGCAAUCCACCAGAGGUGCAGAGGCUUCCUGUCUCACAGCAAGGCAACAUGCCUGUAAUGAUCAGUCUUCAAGGACAUGGAGGAGUACCCCCGUCACCUGAUAAAGCCAGAGGGAUGCCCCUGAUGGUGAACCCACAGCUCACAGGCGCUGCACGAAGAAUGUCCCAUCCUGAUGCAGGACAGGGUCCUCAAGGCUCCGGUUCUGAAGAGCCCAUUGCAGGGGCCCACAUUAAGCAGGACAGGCCUACUGGCCAAGAAAUUGGGGUGCAGCCUGGAAAUGGAACCCAACAGAUGAUGGCCAAUCAGGGCUCUAACACUCACAUGAUGAAGCAAGGCCCUGGUCCAUCAACAAUGCCCCAGCACACUGUAGCCAGUCCCCAGCAACAGUUACCCAGUCAGCCUCAGCAAGCAGGCCCCAUGCCUGGCCUUCAUUUCCCAAAUGUCCCCACAACCUCCCAGAGCUCUAGGCCCAAAACCCCAAACAGAGCCAGCCCCAGGCCCUACCACCAUCCUCUCACCCCAACAAAUCGUCCACCCAGUACUGAGCCCUCCGAAAUCAACCUUUCACCUGAGAGGCUAAAUGCCUCUAUUGCAGGGCUUUUUCCUCCCAAAAUCAACAUUCCUCUGCCUCCCAGGCAGCCUAACCUUAACCGGGGAUUUGAUCAGCAAGGUCUUAACCCAACAACUCUGAAAGCCAUUGGGCAGGCCCCUCCUGGCUUAACUUUACCAGGUAACAACAACAAUGGCAGUAUGGGUGGAAAUAACACUAACAACAGUCAACAGCCCUUCUCUACUGGCACUGGAAUGGGAGGUGCAGGCACUAAACAGGACAAGCAGCCUGGAGGACAGGGCAAGAGAGCAAGUCCUAGCAAUAGUCGGAGGUCGAGUCCAGCCUCUAGUCGUAAAUCAGCCACCCCAAGUCCAGGGAGACAAAAGGGGACAAAGAUGGCCAUCACCUGCCCUCCCCCCCAGCAGCAGUUGGUCAACCCUCAGGGGCAAACGAUGAUGCUAAGCCCAUCAUCAGUACCCCCAAGUCCAGUAUCUAUGCAUUCACAAGUUAGUGGGUCCACGGAGGCACAACAAACCCAGAGUCCUUUUCACGGGAUGCAAGGUAACCCUGCUGAGGGAGUCAGGGAAAGUCAGGGAAUGGUGGCAGCGGAGCAGCGGCAAUUGCCUCAGCCUCACCCCCAACCACAGCCUUUGAGGGAGUUAUCAGCUCCCAGAAUGGCAAGCCCUCGUUUCCCCAUGCCUCAGCAGCCUAAACCUGACCCGGAACAUCAGGGUGGCACAGUUGAUAGGCAACCAGCACACACAGCACCCAAUAUGCAGGACUCCCAGGUCUCGCCUACUCUCAAGGCAGGGCCAACGUCCCUCAACCAGUUACUUGAUAACUCGGGUAUUCCAAUCAUGCCUCUUCGGCCCAUACAGAGUAACACUGUUAGGGAUUUAAUGGGAAAGGACAGCCCUAAGUCUGCUUUGGAUCCACGGCGACCAGUCUACAGUAACUCCCAGAGUACAGAAAUGUCAGCUGCUGUUAGUACUUCUGCCACUAUAAAUGAAUUGGCAGCUAAACCAAAACCUACUGUUCCUAUUUCUACCAGCAGUCCUAAUUUGCAGGCUACUUCAAUUCCCAUCUCCCACCCUAGCACUAACGUGACCUCUAAUACUACCCCUAGCCUUAGCCAAAACCCUAUCUCCAGUCCCGGUGUCAAUCCCAGUCCGAAUGUAAAGCCAACCCCUUCCUUCUGCCCCACCCUUAGUACUAACACUAAUGCCACCAUGAGUUUAAGCCCCAACACAGUCACUUCAGGCCAGAGCAGUCCUGCCUCGACGGUUAGUACCAGUUCUAACUCCAGCGUGGCUCAAAAACCAAGCCCUAGUCCCAAACCAGGGACAAGUGUUCAAUCGGUCAUACAGAUCCCAGCCUCUUCUAGCACAAUGUCCCCAAACCAGAUAACCGUGUUUGUGACCUCUAACCCCAUGACCUCUGCCCCCACUCCCCAGGCACCCACAACUAUGGUCUCCACCAUGGUGGCUGUCCCUAACAAGAACAUUAGACCUCAAGACAUCCGGCAGCAGGCCCCGGUCCCCCGACCACAGUUUAUCACCACCACCCCUGUAUUUAUCAACCCAAUUUUCCAGGUCCCAGGUGGAUCUGUGGCUCCCAAUACAACAAUGGUACCACAGCCGCUCACCAUGGUGAGGCCUAUCCAAGUGUCCACUACAAACAUCCAACUUUCAACUGCUCUGACCUCUACCCAGUCCUCAGGGGCUAACAUGGGCAGCACUCAGCCUACCAGAAGUAUUGUAGGACAGGUACAGGUUGCCACUAGUGUGUCCUCAUCAGUCCCAGUUGGUACUCCCCCAGCUUCUCAUCAAAUUAACCCAGGGCCUCCAAAACCAGAGAAUCUAAGUGAGGCCGGUUCCGAUCAUAAACCUAGUCCCCCAGUGAAGCAGCCAUCUCCCAAUCCAAGCCCUUCAGCAUCAUCUCCCUUUCAGCCACCCCUGGCUUCUCCUCCUCUUUGCUCUAGUCCUGGGGCUGCUAACAACAUCCGAAAGAGCCCCAUGUCACCGUCUCCCACUGCCCUGGGGAAAAGUAAACCUGCACAGGUUGCUGCAGCUGUUUCUGGUACAGCUGAAUCGCAGCUAAGUCCCGUAGAAAGGUCUGCACAGGGGCCCUCCGGAGCUGUGCAACCACAGACCCUUCAUGUUCCUGCUAUUCCUGCCACUAAAAUUGAAGCACCAAAUCCCCAUAGUACUGUCGCUGCUUCUAACAACAUGACACCGCCUGCUGUCUCCUCUCCAAUCCCAGUUCCUGCACAUGUGGCUGUUCCCACUCAGAUUGUUACCCAGGCUCCAGUGACUGCCACAGCUUCAGUUUCAAGCAAGGCCCAGGAGGUUGCAUCUCAAGCUGCUAUUGUCACGAUAGUCAGUGCUAACACAGGUACCUUGCUCUCUGCGGUUGCCCCCGUGCAAAGUCCUGUACCGUCCAUUGUUCCAAUUGUUGCUGGAUCUGUACCUGCUAUGGAGGUUGCCCCCACCACAUCCCUUUCAGUUGCUAACCCCAGCGGACUUCCACAAGUGCAGCCUGAUGCAGCUGUGGAGCCCCCCAUGCCACCUGCUGCUGAAUUUGUUGAAACCACUCAGACCACCCCAGCACCUAUUCAACAAGAAGUCUCACAGUCUCAGGAACCUGUCGCCAGUGAGAAGACUGGUGAAGAGGUCUCGACAAGUGCUGAGCAGGGGGUUGCUGUGGAGAAGCCCAAGGGACCGAGCAGACGUAGCUCCCGGGCAGAGAAGGAGGUGGAGGAGGAGCCAGUAGCAGACAGCGGCAUUAGGAAGAGAUCAGCCAGGCCUGGAACCAGUGCUGCUGUGAAAGAAACUGGAGCGAGCCCCACCCAGGCAAAACGAAGGAAGUCUAAAUAG